UAUUUAGCUCCCUUCCCUUGCAAUGUGAGCCGAAGUUUAAUAUGUCUUUUAGCCUUCUUAGUGAAAUGACAACCAGUAUGGAUUGUUGAAAAAAGAUAAUUUUUAUGUAAUCACCAACAAUGGAUGCACAAAUUUCUUCAGAACUUGAUAAUUAUAUUGUAUGUCCAGUGUGUACUUCAAGGCAUCUUUGUGGAAAAGAUAAGACAAAAGAUGGAGUUUUUGCAGGCAACUGUGAAUGUUGUGGAUAUUUUUUCAAGUUUCGUGUGAAGUCUACUAUUAAUUCAGAAAUAUCUGUAACCAUAAAUGGACAGAAAUACACAGUUGGAAAUGAAUACCCACCAUUUACUUCACUAAACACCUAUAUAAGAAAAGAGAGGAUUUCUGUUGGUACAAAAGUGAUGUGUCAUGAGGGAGGAUGUGGUAUUUGUAUGGUGGAGGCCAAGUUAUAUGAACCUAUAUCGGAUAGCAUGAAAAGUUAUCCAAUCAAUUCCUGUCUGUGUCCAUUAUUUAUGUGUGAUGGGUUGGAAAUUACUACUAUAGAAGGUGUAAAUGAUGUCAUACCAAAACGACUGGCCAAAUAUAAUGGUUCUCAGUGUGGAUAUUGUAGUCCUGCUCAGGUCAUGAAUAUGCAUGCUUUACUUGAUUUUAACAAAGGAUCUGUGUCAAUGAAGGAGGUAGAAGAUGCUUUUGAUGAUGUGAUAUGUAGAUGUACAGGUUACAGACCAAUAUUGGAUGCCAUGAAAUCAUUUGCGACUGAUUCUUCUUGUAGAAGUAAGACACGUACUGCAGAUAUUGAGGAAUUAGGUAGGAGUUUUUGUGCUAAAACAGGACAGCGUUGCCAUGGUAAAUGUCACCCUCAGAUGGGACAACAACUACAGGUGAUUGGUGCUGAUGCAGUAUGGUACAGGCCAACGGCCUUGAAUCAACUAUUCAAGAUCAUUUCAGACAAUCAAGGAAAGAAAGUUAGAUUAGUAUUUGGCAAUACUGGAUCAGGUGUAUAUUACAGAGAUCUUGGUAUGGCAAAUUUUGAUAUAUUGUUAGACCUAAGAGGAAUUAAAGAAUUAUAUGGUGUUGUCUUUGAUGUUGACUCAACAAUUAUCAUAGGAGGUAACCUGUCCAUUACUCAGCUGAUUGAGGUAUUCACAAGAUUCAAGCUUGCAUCAUUAUAUUCAUACUUUACACAGAUCAUAAAUAUGUUACAGAAAGUUGCUACUAGAUCUGUACGCAGUCUAGGUUCCUGGGCAGGAAAUAUAAUGUUAAAACAUCUACAUCCAGAAUUCCAGUCAGAUAUCUAUGUUUGUCUUGAAGCUGCUAAUGUAGGGCUUGUAAUUGCUGACAAAACAGGAUCAAACCCAAUACCUAUAGGCCAGUUCCUGAAGACAGAUAUGACCAGCAAAGUUAUAGUAUCCAUGAUAUUACAUUCCAUGAGUGAUGAUUACAUUCUAAGGAUGUACAAAGUGGCACAGAGAUCACAGAAUUCACAUUCAUUUGUAAAUGCUGGAAUAAGAAUGAAAAUUGACAAGAGUAACAAUUUUGUUGUGAAAGAAAAACCAUGUAUUGUUUUCUCAGGAAUUUCUAAAGAUUUUGUUCAUGCUGUACAAACAGAGAAUUAUUUACAAGGGAAGGAACUUAAUGAUGUGAAAGUUAUUCAAGGAGCUUUGACAACUCUUGCAUCAGAACUAAAUCCUGACCCUAACAUUGACCCUGUAGAACCAAGUGCUGGAUACAGAAAGAAUGUUGCCAUUGGAUUCCUGUACAGUUACUUUCUUGAGGUGCUAGGAGAUACUGCUGGAUCUAAAUAUAGAAGUGGUGCCAUACCUCUACAGAGACCCCUAUCUUCAGGACAGCAGUCAUAUGAUACCAAACCAAUGGAGUGGCCCCUCACUGAACCAUUGAUGAAGUUAGAGGCCAUGAAUCAGACAACAGGUAAAGCCCAGUACAUAAAUGACAUACCUCUACACAAACCUCUGUAUGCUGCAUUUGUUACUAGUACUGUUGGUAAUGCUAAAUUAAAGAGUAUGGAUCCUUCUAAAGCUCUGAAAUUGCCAGGAGUUUUAAAGUUUAUAAUAGCAAAAGAUAUACCUGGAGAAAAUAACUGUUUUCCAAAUUCAAUGGCAGAAGAGGUUCUAUGUAGUGGUGAUGUUAUGUAUGCAGGACAGGCCUUAGGAAUAAUAGUUGCUGUUGAUGAGGAAACAGCGAACAGAGCUGCAGGAGUAGUUGAGGUGACCUACUCAGAUCAGAAACAACCAAUUCUUACUAUAGAGGAUGGGAUUAAAGCAGGAUCAUACUUUCCUAACCCUGGGGAUGUGGUUACAGCUGGUGACGCUGAAACUGCCAUUGCUAACAGUCCUAAAAAGAUAACAGGAAGUAUCAGUUUUGGAGAACAACAACAUUUCCAGAUGGAAACUCAGAUCAGUAUUUGUACCCCUACAGAAGAUGGUAUGGAUGUUGAAGCCUCUACACAGUGGAUAGACCUAACUCAACAGUCUACUGCUAUGGUUCUAGGGAUCCCAGAAAGCAGUAUAAAUGUUAGAGUGAAGAGACUUGGUGGAGCUUAUGGCAGUAAGAUUACAAGGAAUUUUAUAGUUUCAGCUGGCUGUGCUAUAGCUGCUCAUGUUAUGAAAAGGACUGUGAAGUUAAAUAUGGAAUUUCACACCAACAUGAAAAUGGUUGGAAGACGAUUUUCUUACAGAGCAGACUAUACAGUAGGUUAUAUGGAUGUUGGUAAAUUGAAUGGAAUAAAGAUUCAGUUGUAUUCAGAUCUGGGAUGUUUACCUAAUGACAACAACCUCCCUGUGGCUUUCAUGUUUAUAGAUAAUGCAUAUUAUUGUGAAAAUUGGAAGCUAACACCUGUAGCAGUAAAGACAAAUAAACCAAUGAAUACAUAUUGCAGAGCACCAGGUUCUACCCCAGGAAUAUUUGUGAUGGAAUCAAUCAUGGAGCAUGUUGCUAAGGAACUUGACCUUGAUCCUACAUAUAUCAGAACUCUCAAUCUGUACAAAAAAGGACAGAAAACACCUUUAGGUGGUACAUUGAAGUACUGUAACAUCAUAGAACUUGUAUCAGACCUUAUGUCUUCAUCUGACUUUCUAAAGAGACAGGGGAUUGUUGAGGAGUUUAAUAAGGUAAACAGAUGGAAGAAGAAAGGCCUAUCAAUUGUUCCUAUGAAGUUUGCCCUGACCUAUGUGGGAGUACAUUUUAAUGCUAUUGUAAACAUCUAUGCUGGAGAUGGCAGUAUUUCUAUAUCACAUGGCGGUAUUGAAAGUGGACAGGGUAUAAAUACGAAGGUAGCACAAGUAUGUGCUUAUGAACUUGGUGUACCUAUGGAUUUGAUUAAGGUCAAGGCCAACACUUCCUUAGCCAAUGCCAAUGAUUUUACAACAGGUGCUAGUAUUACCAGUGAGCUCUGCUGCUUGGCUGUAAUAAACUGUUGUAAAGAUCUAAAAACAAGAAUGGCACCAGUGAAGGCUAAAAUGAAAAAUCCUUCAUGGAAAGAUUUGGCACAGAAAUGUAUAGAAGAAAAAGUAGAUUUAUCUUCCAGAUAUUGCGUAUUCCAGCCUGGAACAACUGAUCCCUACUACAACUCAUAUGGAGUUACCUGUACAGAGGUAGAAUUUGAUGUCUUGACAGGUCAACACUUAAUCACCAGAGUAGACAUAUUAUAUGAUUGUGGAGAGAGUAUGAACCCAAUGAUUGAUGUGGGUCAAGUUGAAGGUGCUUUUGUAAUGGGACUGGGAUACUGGCUGACAGAACAGGUCAAGUUUGAAAGCACAACAGGGCAACUGUUGACUCGCAGUACAUGGGAAUACAAGCCACCAAUGGCAAAAGACAUACCAAUAGAUUUUAGGAUACAGUUACUGAAAAAUGCUCCAAACCCAGUAGGAGUUCUGAGGUCAAAAGCUGUUGGAGAACCACCAUUAUGCAUGAGUUGUUCAGCUUUGUUUGCAUUGAAACGAUGUGUAGGAGCUGCCAGGCAAGAUAUACAGAACAACACAUUCUUUGCACUCAAUGGACCAGCCACUGUAGAUAAAUUACAAGAACUUUGUUUAGUAGAUCCAUCUCAAUUUGUCAUCUGAAUGUUUUAACAUAAGCAAUCAACUUAAAACAUUAACUGCAACCUGCCAAGAUAUAUGCCAUAUAAGGGCAUUGCUCCAGAUUUCAUGGUUCACUGAACAUGGAAAUGUGAUAGUAAGAUUAGGGCAUGGGCACAUAUUCUUGUUGAAUAAUCAAUCAAUAUUGCUUGGGACACAAUCAUGUAUUUCUUACAUAAUUUUAUGCAUGUUUGAGUGUUUUGUAUUUUGUUGUAGAAUACAUCUUUUUGACACAAUUCAAUCAGUUGUUAAAGCUUUUUAUUUUUAAUCUUAUAUCUACAUAUUUUAUGGAGCAAAAUAUUUAUAUUUUUUAAAUUUAAAUAAUCAAAACCAUUAUAUAAAUAUAUUAUUUUUAAAAUAGAUACUGUUAUAUUUUUAUUUUAAGUAGUUUGUAUUUGUACUAGACAUUAUAUAUAAGAUUUUAUUAUUGGUAUUAGAUAUAUAUUUUUUCAUUGUGUGCCAUGCCAGUCCUUUUUGUGAGUAGACUGGUCAGUUUUGUAUUGUGUGUCCAACAAUCUCCUGAAUGUAACAUUUCUUGAAAUUAUGCUAACAACAAAUAGAAUGAAGCAAAUUAUCCUGUACCGUUAAUAAUCUGAUGUCAUAAGUAUUUAUUGGCUUCAAUAGCAUGAAAUGACUGUCGAUCAUUCAUACUUAAUAGCCUGUGUUUUUUUGGUGUCUUUUUUAAGAGAAAAAUCAAGUGUCAUAAGCACAAACAUACAUAUUGUUACCAAACAAUUGCAAGUUAUUGGUUCAAAUUUUCGAAAGGUUUAUUCAUUUUGAAAAUACAAAAAAAUAAUUCUAAGAUUAACAUUUAGCUGCGCAAUAAAUGUUUUGCAUUUUAUAAAACAUCACUUUUUAAGGUAAGUUGGACACCCAGUACCUUUAUGAGAUUAUUGAAUGUGCCAUAUUAAUUUUAUUUGUCUUAAAUGUUAUGGUGAAGCCUCUCUUAAUGUGUAAUAUUUUAUGUAUAGCCCUGUGUUUUUUUUUUUUUUUUAAUAUUGUAAAAAUGUUGAGGGCAUUUAUCAAAUGCUUUAAUGUCUUUCUUUAAAUCCUCUUUACACUGUCCCCCCCCCCCCCCCCCCCCCCCCAUUAGGCAAUGCAGACCAAUUCUCUUGAUUUAUUUUCCUCAGUUGAACAUAUUUAUGGAUUAUGGAUAUUGAAUGCCUUUUUGUUACAAUGAUUAGUCAAUACCAGUAUAUAUUUCCAAGAUGACAGUUUUUUUGUGGUAAAUAUUGCAUUAAGGUUACAAACAAAUCCCUAUAUCCUCUACCAUAUUUUGUGAGAACACAAUAUAUGCUCAGGUUUCUUUUUAAUUAAACCUUAUUUACUUGUUAUCUAUGAAAUGUUUACUAAUUUUUUAAGAUAUAUGUUUUUCAAUGUUAAUUAUGAUUUGAUCGAAUAAAAUAUUAUCAAAUGCA